GCCGCUUCAGACACCACUCAUCAGUCGUUGCCCCAUCUCCGAAGAUUAAACUUUCCAGCAUGUCGACCCGCACUGGAUCCAUGAAGGCCGCCCCCGCCAAGCCCGCCGCCGCGUCUACCACUGGCGCCACCGCCGCCAUGUCGCGGGUCAAGCUGCAAGAAGCUACCGCGACGAACGUGGCGUCACCCAAGGGCAUUUCGACCAAAAAGACAAACGACGGCGAGAUUCAACAGGCCCGACGUCGACUGAGUGUCGUGAGCGACAAUAAGCUCGUGGAGGGUCUGGCGGCCGUGUCCACGGUAGCUGACGCCGACGGGGUCCAGAAUGGCACGAGCACGAUCGGAUGCUACGCCGGAGUGAGCAAGAAAGGGUACGCUCCGUACAACCCCCGCAAGAAGAACCAGGACAGCAUGGUUAUGCAAAUGCACGCGCCGUCCAAGUCGUUGCUCCUGGGGGUAUUCGACGGCCACGGAGAGGCCGGCGACGGCGUGUCGCAGUACUUUCGAGCGCACUUUCCGACCGAGUUGUUCAACCACGCGCAAUUUGCCCCCACGGGCGACGUGGCCAAGGACACGGCGGGCAUUCAAGCGGCGAUUCAAUUUGCCCUCAACGCCGUCGAGAAGCGCGUGAUCCGAGAUGCCAGCAUCGACACCGAGUUCAGCGGCAGCACCGGCGUCGUCGUGGUUAUCCGAGAUCGGCUCCUCAUUGUCGGCAACGUCGGCGACUCCCGCAUCACGAGGGGGUUCCUCCAAGCGGGUCUGCUCACGGCUAGCAGCCUCUCGAAAGACCACAAACCCGACCUCCCCGCGGAGAAAGCGCGCAUUUUGGCCUCGGGGGGUCGUGUGUUUGCCGUCGAAUAUGACGACGGCAUUGACGGACCGCCGCGAGUGUGGCUGGGACAUAUGGACGUGCCAGGAUUAGCCAUGAGUCGAAGUUUGGGCGAUGCCGUAGCGCAUACUGCUGGGGUGAGCUCGGAGCCAGAGUUUUUUGUGCAUACGCUGGACACGACCGAUCGCUGUUUGGUGAUAGCGACCGACGGGUUGUGGGAAUUCAUGAGUGAUGAAGAAGUGAUCAAGAUGAUCGCGCCGCACACGGACCCCAAGCAAGCGGUCGAUGUGUUGAUUUUAGAAGCGAAUCGCCGCUGGAUGAAAGAAGAGCAAGUGAUUGACGAUACGACUGUGAUCGUGGCUUUCGUGGACAUCAAGUAACCAAACAACUAGCUCGUUGUACGAUACUAGAGUAUAGCGAGAAAUAUAUAAUAUAUAUUUGUUGGAGAAUAUUAAAAAAUAAGACCUGAU